GACAAGAGCAUUCUGCCAAUGCUUGGGCCAUUGUCGGGGAAAGACAUCAAGGAAUCUGAUAGAACUCCACCAUAGGCUGUUUUGGUUGACUGAAGAACAGCUUUGGGACCAUAGCAGUGCAGACCUAAAUCGCUUAAUUAUGAAGAAAUUCCCAUCCAUAUAAUUUUGCAACAAGUGUGCCUGAACUCUUGGAGUUCAAAUCACCGUAAAACGCUGACCACCUUACAGAAGCAGUGUUCAUAGCAACAGGGCACUGAGUCCAUAAAGUUGGAAAAUGGACAAAGCACAGCAGCUAAGCUGGGGCUUCCUCCUCUCACCCCGGAACAGCAGGAAGCUCUUCAAAAGGUUUCCGAAGCACCCGCCUCAAAUCCACGGUUUAGAGCCUGCCGUUCCCCGGCACCUCCCAAACACGUACAGCAAUGGAAAGCAGGCAAAGAAGUAUGCGAUGGAGCAGAGUAUCAAGAGUGUGCUGGUGAAGCAAACCAUCGCCCACCAGCAACAGCAACUCACUAACCUGCAGAUGGCAGCAGUGACAAUGGGCUUUGGAGAUCCUCUCUCACCUUUACAAUCGAUGGCAGCUCAGAGGCAGCGGGCGCUGGCCAUCAUGUGUCGUGUGUACGUGGGCUCCAUAUACUACGAACUGGGAGAGGACACCAUCCGCCAGGCCUUUGCCCCAUUUGGACCUAUCAAAAGCAUUGACAUGUCCUGGGACUCUGUUACAAUGAAACACAAGGGCUUUGCUUUCGUGGAAUACGAGGUGCCUGAAGCUGCUCAGUUGGCCUUGGAGCAGAUGAACUCAGUCAUGCUGGGUGGGAGGAACAUAAAGGUUGGUAGGCCUAGUAAUAUUGGACAGGCACAGCCAAUCAUAGACCAGCUAGCUGAGGAGGCACGGGCUUUCAACCGCAUCUACGUGGCAUCUGUUCACCAGGACCUUUCAGAUGACGACAUUAAGAGUGUGUUUGAGGCCUUUGGGAAGAUUAAGUCCUGCACGCUAGCCAGGGACCCCACAACAGGGAAGCACAAAGGCUAUGGCUUCAUUGAGUAUGAGAAGGCACAGUCGUCACAAGAUGCUGUCUCAUCUAUGAAUCUCUUUGACCUGGGAGGCCAAUAUCUCCGGGUUGGCAAAGCUGUUACUCCCCCAAUGCCUCUCCUAACACCUGCAACGCCUGGAGGAUUACCCCCUGCAGCAGCUGUGGCUGCAGCAGCUGCCACAGCAAAGAUAACAGCUCAGGAAGCAGUGGCAGGAGCUGCAGUCCUUGGCACUUUAGCAACACCUGGGCUGGUGUCACCAGCGCUGACACUGGCUCAGCCUCUGGGGGCAUUGCCGCAGGCCGUAAUGGCAGCACAGGCACCAGGAGUCAUUACGGGUGUGACCCCCGCUCGACCUCCCAUUCCAGUCACUAUUCCACAGGUGGGAGUAGUGAAUCCUAUCCUAGCAAGUCCCCCAACAUUGGCUCUGUUGGAGGUUAAGAAGGAGAAGGAGGAGGAGGAGAUCUUCCAGGAGUCGGAGAGGCCUGAAAUGCUGAGUGAACAGGAGCACAUGAGCAUAUCAGGCAGCAGUGCCCGUCACAUGGUGAUGCAGAAACUGCUUCGCAAACAGGAGUCAACUGUGAUGGUGCUGCGCAACAUGGUGGAUCCAAAGGACAUUGAUGAUGAUCUGGAGGGAGAAGUGACAGAAGAAUGCGGAAAGUUUGGGGCAGUGAACAGGGUCAUCAUCUACCAAGAGAAGCAGGGCGAGGAGGAGGACGCUGAGAUCAUUGUCAAGAUCUUUGUAGAGUUCUCUAUGGCCUCAGAGACUCACAAAGCCAUUCAGGCCCUGAACGGGCGCUGGUUUGCUGGGAGGAAGGUGGUGGCAGAGGUGUAUGACCAGGAGAGAUUUGAUAACAGUGACCUGUCAGCAUGAACUCUGCCUGAGAGAGACUUCUCCCCUGCCCCCUGUGUCCCAUCUGUUUUUUUAGCCAUGUGUAAGGAACGCUGCUGGGUGGGUGCAGCGCUCUACUGUGAUGUACAUGUAGUUUGGAUAAAAGUGCGAAGAAAA